UGUUAUGAUGGGCAUUUCCAACAGCUGAGGAGGCGUAGCUAGUCACAGCUAGCACUUGUGAAAGGUAAGAUGUUCCGUUCUUGGCGUUUCAACGUUGAAAUUGAUUCGAUGUAUUUGAAGAAACAGAGUCAGACUCAGCCGCACAAGAGCUAUGCCACACUGACGGGAUAACUCCUGGCAAUUUACACUAAAAUCGGGCAAGAUUCCUAUCUGUCGGAAGACCGCCCUGCUAGCUAAAGCAUUCACUAGCUAGCCAGCUGCGCUGAAAUGGGCGUUCACUGCUUAGCUUCUGCUCUGUUGGGGGCCCGUACUAGUGACAGCAUCGAGUGUUGUCAUGUUUGAGGUUCACGAAGAAUCAACAAUAGAGCCGGCAUUGGUGCUUUUUUUCUCGUUAGCUUCGUAGGUCCUGGUGAACUGAUACGUAACUGUAUACCGUGGUAUCACUGAAACAUGAUGGUGUUGUAAGCUAAGGCAUGCUGCUCGCUAGCUCACUGAACGGAUGCUGACUGAGGCGAGGGAACUGAAAUAGCCGGCCAGCUUGUAUUGGACGAUCUUUCUGCUUCUGCCUCGUCCUUAGAGUAUAUUGUAGCUUAAUAUGUUAACAUAUCUAUUGCUGAUUUUUCGCUUGCGUGAGAUAUAUGUAGGGUAUCAUGUCUUGCACGCACGUAUCAUGCUUACAUAUUCACAUAUUCACCAGCGCGAUCAGGAACUAGAAACAAUAAGCAUUUGUCUAUUUCCAGUUUCAAUUCAGCUCUGGUAAACUGGAUCCUUUCUUUCCCGGUAGCUUACAUUAUGAAAAUAAUCAACAGUCCAUCUUUUUAUUUAUACCAUCGACUUGUAUCAGCCCACACAGUGCAACCUCACAUCAUCCCACUCAGGGCACAGGCACUGUUUUUCAAGAUCUUGUGACUUUACAGUCUGUCUUUAUAACUGUAUGUAUAAAUAUGUUUAUAUUCUCUAACCUCAUGAUAAGGUAUGGGCAAAUGAUCCUUUACUCUUUUCAAUUUGUGUGUGUGUGUGUAUGAUAUAUCCAUAUUUACAAAGCUCCCCUGUGUCAUUACAGCCUGAAGACAGUGGAAAAAUCACACCAUCAUACAUGUUUCUUCAACAUGAGUGACCUUGAACUCUGCGCAUGCUGAAACCAGGGAACGGAAUAAAUACGACUCUGCAUUAACAGAGCGUGAAGAAGAAGAAGGAGAAGAAGCUCGUCCUGACCUCAUCUUGCACGACAUAGGCCUGCUUGUCUUGAAACAAGCAAGGCUUUGAGCCAGUACCAGAGAUGCCUGUGAGAAGGCAUCCCUGCAGGCUGCAGCCUAGCUACGCCGACUGAAAGCACGAGCACUGCAUCACUUGCAUGGAUGUGCUGCUAAUUGGACUCACAGUCUAAUUCCUCUUUCAUUCGUCCAAAACUUUAUGAGCUUUGAGUGUGUGCCAGCUUGUGCUGUUAAUUAUGGUGACCAAAAAUGAUGCUUGAAUGUGGCAUCCAGGUGCAGGAUAUGCUAAAAGGGGUGAGGCUCUCUCAGAAAAGUGUAACAGCUGACUGAUAGUCUGCUGUCAACAAUGGAUGCCAAGUUAAAGGAGGACCUAUUUCGGAGGUAUGUGACGAUAUUGGAGAAGCGCCUGGAGGGUGGAGGGGAAUGUAUAAGGAGUGGGAAUGCACCAGAAGGGGACAGAGGGAGAUACAAGGACAGUGAGGCCUUACUCUCCACAGCCACAGCCCUGCUUGGGGCCUAUCAGCCAGAUCCCGGACAACGCUUCCGGAUGGUGCGAUUCUAUGAAGUGGUGGAGAGUUCUCUGCGCUGCCAGAGAGGAGGAAACCUCAGGAGUCUUGAAAGAGCUUUUCGCACAUUGGAAACUAUCUGCACCAACCUCUUGCUCUUCCCCUGGAAAAAGGAGUUCAGAUGUAUAAAGGUGGGUUAUUGUUGGUUUGUUUUAACAUGUUUAUGGCCACCAGUUUUACUGUAUCCAGGAGUGCAUAUUUACUGCCUAAAUUAUCUCUAAGCUCAUGUUUUGCAAAGUAAAGUCAACCCAUUUGUUUUGUUUAUUUUGUCAAAUUUCUACAAGAACUUGUACUUUUUCAGAUUUUCUAAUAAUGCAAGAGUUACUCUACAAUCUUUAAAGAAAAUACCAUUUAUCCUGGACUCUAUUUUUUUUUAAAAAAAUACAUGUUCGGCUUUAUACUUUCAAGGGUUUAUAUUUUAUCUGUUUGAAAACACUGACACUGAUGAGAACUCUUGUCGUUUCAGACCUUCACCGGCCCCUACGUGUAUCAUCUUCAGUCUGCCAUUACUGAUGCUGAACUCCGAGCUCUAAUGCGCACGAUUGGCUACGCCUGUGACCACGACUCACAGUUUCAUUUGCAGGAGCAUCCAGGUGGCACAAAUCAUCUCCGUCAGUUGGCGUUUGAGCUCUUCCUGGCCCAGGCGGAGUGCCGUCUCCUGGGAGAGGUAGUGGCUCUGGCCCGAGGUUCAGCCUCAGAGAUGGAGGCCCUGGAACUCCGCAGAGGAUGCAGAGAUGACGCCGCCGGCUGCGCAGAGGCGCUCCGCAGACGCGACAGCCUUGGGGCAGAUAUGGCGCGUCUGACUGUUCGGCCGCUGGAUAUAGAGAGACCUCAUGCCCACCACCUAAGGCGAGGUAGCCGGCCGUCGAAAUCCGUGGAUGUCACAGAUGGGGCCGGUCACUGGCACCCAGCUGUUAGCAAGCCUGUGUUAAAGGCCUCGUUGAGCCUGAGAAAGGAGCCUCUGUUUGUGGAUGCAGAGGAGGAUAUGAAGGAUGAGAUCAUCAGACCCUGCACCUCGGCAUCACUAUUCUCUGUGGCAGCUCCACCUUCCUAUAGCCCCGUUGCGGAUUUCUCCCCGAUUCAGUCGCCUCCUCCGGCUGAUGCGUACACCUCCUACCACCUGUCGUCCCUGGAUGAGAUCGACUUGUACACAGAGAGGGGCACUGGGAUGGGGGGGAGGCAGAUCCCCUCUCGACCUCCAUCAAGAGAGCCUCGGGAUGCAAGGGAGGCAUGGUUGCUUAAAGCUCAUGGUAGUGUGAAGUGUCAGGGCUGUGGUCUGGGAUGCUCUUCCAUGGCCUCCUGCCAGAGGUGUGACAUGAUCCUCUGUUCUUCCUGUCACGACGUGGACCCCUCCCCUUGCUGUGGCCUCCAAGACUACCACCCUAAAUCCCCACGGCCCCUGGAUGGAUACAUUCCUGUCAAGGAAAAGCUCUCUGUCUACUCUAAUACGCACUCCCACUCCCAUCUCCAUCCGCACCCCCUCACACUGACCCACUCACACUCUCACCCCCACCCUCACCCUCAGAUGGUGGAGAAACCCCUCAUGUCCACUAAGCUGUUUCCAAGCAAAUCUGUCGCCUUGACAACACCAAAGGGAGGCAGCAGUGAGAGAAUAAGCUUGGGGGGAUCGCGUUGCGGGUUCUGCAACAAGCCGGGCGCAUCACAUACCUGUGUGAACUGCUCUAAGGUGUCAUGUGACUCAUGCAUGGGCUUGUAUGCAAAGGAUAUGUGCACGCGAAAGAAUCCCCAGCACAGCUUUGUCCCCAACCAUCAGCUCAACUUCAAAUCUGGCACCAUAUCUCACCUGGUGUACCGAUAGAUCUGUUUGUUUCUCCCUUGUAGUCCCCUCUCUGCUGCGUAGUCUUGCACUAUUGCUUUAGCUCCGUUCCUGUUUAAACAGCUCAUCCACUAUCUUUACCCAUUAUCUGAUGGUCUUUUGCUCUCUCUCUCUAUUGAACUUUGUACAUUUUUCUUCGGCUGUCAGAAGGGCCCUGGAAUGCACACGCCACAGAGAGCCAUAUCGCUCGCCCAUCUCUCUGCCUCGUACAAGUUCAGGCCUUUUAUCUAUUUCUUCUUCCUUUUACCCUGCCUCCUGCUCUCGAGUAGUCAUGUGAUGUUGUAGCGCUUCCCGAAAUUCCUCAAAUUUUAUCCCCCUUAAAAAGGGAAACUGGAAAAAAGAGUUUAAUUCCUGUUUGAAUGAAUUCCAUCCAAAUGACAUCUAUACUUUGCCUCCUCAGCUAAAAAUUCCUCUAGUAUAUAAAUAUAAAUAUAAAUAUAUAUAUAUACAGUAUAUAAAUAUGUAUGUGUGUAUGAGAGUGUGGAUGUGAGUGUGUGCGUGUUUAGAAAAGACCUCUAAGCUUGCGAAGGAGAUCUUUUUAAACUUGAAGAAUAGUAGGAAAAACAUGAGAAAAAAUACACUGGAAGUCAAUAAGUCAAUAGUAUAUAUUUUUAAUCUAUUCUCUAGAAAAAUGUGAGACUGUUAAAUGGGCAUGAGGUCUAUCAUUGGGAUGUUUGGGGUAUAUAGUGAAGUCAGUGGGCGUGGGGUGGGAGAUAUCUUAAAAAGGGAAAUACUGAGACAAUGGUCAGAUGCCAUAUAUUCUAUUAAAAGAUUAUGCCUUGUAAAUUAGCCCACAAAUGUUUCUGGUUUUAUGGCUGACGUUGAGAUGCUGCUGUUGACUGGAGACUUUGAAGAUUUUUGCCGUUGACUUCUUUCUGGUUUAAAAAAAACAAAACAAAACAAAAAAGCCUGUUUGCGUUGUGUCGGUUCAACUCGCCCUCCCAGCCACCCCUCGUCAUUGCACUCCUUAAGGCGCCAUUGUUCAUGAUGUUGUGGUACACCCUCGCCAGAUCAUGUGAUCCCAUGUCAGGCUCUGGUGGAGUCUUAAGAAGUUGCAUGCUGAUCACACACCUUGAGUGAAUCCUGCUCUUUGACAGCGUGUGAGGCUAUUGAUCGGUUCUAGACAGCGUGCAAGUAUAAACUCUAACGUGGUUUCUGUCUACCUCAAAUGGCUUUAGUCAGAACACUUGGUUUUGACAGUGUGGUUUCAAAGUAGCCCGAGGACCUGGAAAUAGUUUACUCUGUGUCUUGAUUCGCAAAUUAGGGAAGAAUUCAUCUUUUUUUGUAUGAUUUAAUCACUUUGAAAGCAGAGUUAGCAGAGUUUAUUUAUUCCCUGACAUAAUCUGUGCGUUGUUAUCUCAAAAAAUAGCACAAGUUUUGUCAUCGUUGUUGAAAUACACGGUCUGGACAGAAAAAGAGGAACACUUUUAGAGUUAACAUAAUUCAAUAUCAAGACCUAGCAGCAAUCUUUGUUGAGCUCAGAAAGAUGUUGAAGGUCAGGUAUUGCUGUUGUUAAUUUUUACUUUAAUCCAGUGGUUCUCAAGUCCAGUCCUCGAGGGCCACUGUCCUGCAUGUUUUGGAUGUUUCCCUGCUCCAACACACCUGAUUCAAAUGAUCAGCCCGUUAUUAAGCCAUUCCAGAGCUUGAUAACGAGCUAAUCAUUUGAAUCAGGUGUGUUGGAGCAGGAAAACAUCCAAUACAUGCAGGACAGGGGGGCUCGAGGACUGGAUUUGAGAACCCUGGCUUUAAUCUAUGGCAAACAUAAAGGAACCAGCCUUACAAUCAUUUGACAGCCCUGCUUCCGACUGUGGGUUCAUAAAUGCCCUCAGAGACUGUGUAACAACAUCUGAGGUUUUUUUAUAUUUUGCGAUAGCUACCUGCUUUGACACAUCAACAGCAUGAAUCUCUGUUCACUCUCAUACACUGGCCCUUGCUUCAGUUAUCGCUGGGUUUGUAUCAGUAAUUUUGGUUGUGACUGCUGCAGCUGUUUGGUGUGACACGUCACCUUGUGUUUUUAGUAUCAUAAAAAAAAUCACUUGAUUUGCUGCAUGACGCCUGCAUGACUUUUCACGGGCAAGCAUCAACCACUGACUGUGCAAGUUCAGUAAAUUCGCUUCCAGUCGGUGAUUUGUGGUGUAUCUAAAGGGUUAAAUCGCUGUGUGUAAAUAAACUCUGUUAACAUGCAUAAGGCGUGUGAUAAAAUUUUCCAUGAGCUUCAGUGAUUAGACUAUUGUCCUCUAUGGAAAGGAUAAUUAAUGCAGUAAAUUGCAGUUGAAAGACACCAAGGGCUAACUUUAAAUCACAUUUCUUAAAGAGGAGUUAGACUCUGGGUUAAUUUGACGAACCGUUAAGAAUAACAUGCCUUAAGCUAAUUCAGCUGUCUUAUCGUGAAGUGUGUAAGUUCAAAGUGGUGUUGCUUAAGUUGUUCUUUGUUUAACAAGCCUGUAGGUUUGCAUGUUUUAUUUUUUUUACAUUUGUACAUUAAUUUCUUCAUGACAGCUUAGGAAGGCAUUCAGAGUUAUUAAAAAAUAAACAAGCAUAUCCUAACAUGCAUAUGAACUGAAUUAUGCAGCAAAUCACACUUUUAAGACCAACAUAUACACUAUGUGCUCAGUGGUUAUGUCUUCAUAGUAACUAUGUUUUGACUGAAAGUCCUGCGCUUUUCUAUUUUCUAUCAUUUUUUCUUUUUUUAUGCCAAAAGACAGUAUCUAGUAUCAGGGGUGGUUGUUUUCCAAGGAGUGAUGUCUGAUCUCACACUUCAGUUCAUUCCUUCCCUUAAAAAACUGAAUUUUUUGUUUCACAUCUUCUAUCAUUGAAUAAUUUAAAGAAGGGAUGUUUGGUAUCGCUGGGGAUGUAGCUUUGAGAGACUCUUUGGAGUCAUCGCUGACUGACUUGGGUAUCGCUGAAGACUCGAGUGACCUUUCGAAGGGUGUGCAAUCGUUAGUUUUCUUCCGAUGAAGCCUUCUUAGUUCAAAUGUUUAUCAUAGAAAGAUUUGAGGCUCUCGAAUCUGUUCAUCACGAAUCAUACCAGCGACAAAGAUGAAUUUCAGAAGUAUUGAGCCAUGUUGCUAGAGUGAUCAUAUUUGCCAAAUGAAGAACAAAUAUCUUAUUGGAGUAGAAAACUGAAUCUUAUUGCUUGCCCUGAUGUACAGUCAAUGUAAGAUAAAACUGGUUUUGCUGAAGUUUAGCCUCGUGUUUAUAGAUGUGGGCCGUUUGAAAAAAAGCUCUGAAAGGGAAUCAUCAACAUAGAUACCUACUUGCACACCAUGGGAUGUGGAUUUGACUCUGAUCAGUGGACUGAUAGAUUGUGUGGGUCACUACAAAAGGGCUAUACAGUCUUCAGGGCUGCUGCUAAGCUUGUGGACAAUGUUUCAAUCUUUUGGUGAACAGCUGACCUGUCAUUGCUGAACAUCUGAUAUGAAGCUUACUUUACAUCCAUCAGUGAGUAUCAAGCGCUGAUGCUGGAGAAAAAUCAACGUUGUUUCUUUUAAUAUUUAUUUUGUGUCAUGGAAUACAUUGAGCCAUUUGAACAUGAUUGGUUUACCCACAUCAGACACACUCAAGUCAUUGUGGAAGUCAACACUCCCUUUACCUCUUUGUAUGGUUAUCUUACUGAUGUUAACAGUGGUUGUGUAGUUAGGCAGCCCCCCUGUUCAUUCCCUGUUUCCCUGACUCCUCUCUGGCAUGCUCUACAAAGCCCAGACCCAAACCUCUUCCCCCUCACCCCGACAUGUACCCUCAACCACUGUCUCCUUCCCUCCACCUUGGCACUGAGGAUCACUGCACAAUGUCUAUGUAAAGGGGUAUGGACCUUAUGAUCAAUAUGUGGACAUACAUGGGGGUGGAAAGGGAAAAUAGCCAAAAUUGUUAAUCGGUGAAAAUAUAUAUAUAUACAUAUAUAUAUAUAUUGAAACGUAAAUGAGAUUUUAUAAAAUAAUUUAAAGAAUAAAAUUCUGAAAAAAGUUCAUGCUUUGAGUCUUUGAUGUUUUUGUCUGAUACUAUUUUUCAAGCUUCAUUUUUUAUAAUCAACCAAUUUCGACUUGUCAUAUUUCGCCUGCUUGAUUUUUCAGUAGUUUAAUUUGUAACCUGCUUUUAACCCCUUAGUUGUAGGCUGUCCAACAUUGGCUGCACUUUGUCUACUUGACCACUAGAUGGUGAUAAAUACCAGUGAAUAGGAAUACUGAUGCCUCUUGACUCACUAGGAUCAUGUUGAGAAAACUGCUCAAUUUUAACUUAAGAUCUAUGUUUUACAAAAGCACUUUCCAAACUGAAUUUCUUUACCUGGCUCUACAUUAGCAUAAAAUCAAUAUCUUAUACUUUGAUAGGGAGUAGAAAUGCUUAAAUAUCAUUUUUGAAGACAGGUUGACGAAUAUUUUUGGCCAGGUUUUCACAGCAUGUCAGAUUUGCACGGAUAAAGAGGAAGAGGCAGCAUGGUAUUAAAAGACGUCCUUGUGUUCUUGACACUGGCUGUCAAUAGCAUAACUUAAACAUGCCCAACAAGGCAAAAAGAGUCUGUGUCAAGGGGAUAAAAAUGCAAAUGCAGAGCUAUAUUUUCAGUGUUAUAGAAGAACACAAGUUCAGGUUUGCCAAGUCAGCUCUUGAGUGUGAGGUGUUGUAUAAUACAUUACCUGACAGCCAUAAACAGGGUGACCUUUGUUGUUACACAGAGAAGAAAGACAGGUCAUUUCACAUAAUAAAAUUUGUAUCAUCAAAUUAUUUUCUACUUUAUUUAAGUGUGAAUUUCACUUUCCACAUAAUCAAGAUACUUCACUUACUAUCAAGGAAAUAAUGAACAUUUAAGAGGAUUUGAUUAUUGAUGUGCUUUGAUUGCUGCCUGUAUUCAAAAAAGUCACUUGUAAGAUUACUGAGCAACAAAAUUCCCAAUUGGCUCUCAGGUGGAAGUCCUUUUUGUACUAUCACUCCAACUACAACUGGGUGAUUUGGCAAAAAAAAGAUCACAAUAUAUUUUGUCAUAUCGUCUGAUCUCGAUUUUUAUCACGAUUUUUUUUAAAACUGCCAGUUUUAAAGCAUCUGUUCUAAAAACUAAAGAAACUAGAGAUCAGUUCAACAUUUUAUUAACAUACAAAGUAAAUAACAAAGCAAAUUGAAUAAGAUAAACUUUGAAAAACAGAAAAAACAUUAACAGUACAACAAAUGUAAAUAAAUAUGAAAUAAUACAGUGAGCUAGUAUAUAGUCCUGAGGAGAUAUCCGAACCACCGCCACACAACCGACGUUGAGUAACUUUUCUUCUCAACAAUGGCAUCUUCAGAAGAUAACUCAAUGUCAUGGCUGACAUCUAUUUUGCUGCCCUCAGCUCCUUGUUUAGCUCCAUGUUCGGUCAUUCUGUUAAAUUCUCCUGUUUACUUCUCCGCCAACUUAAAGAGGUGAGCAGGUAAAGCUUGACUCUGAUUGGCUGUUGUCAUGCACAUUUCGGCCAUGUUUGAUUGGGUAAAUAUGCUCACAGCUGAUCACCGUGAUCGAACUGAAAUUUAUCACGAUCAUAUGAUCACCUAGUCCUAACUCCAACAUCAUGAAACUGAUUGGCUCCUCAUUUUAGGCACCCACCAUCCCAAGAGGAUCACUUUGGAAUGGACACCUGUUCAGGAUAAACUCACAGAGGCUUAUUUUGGCUCACUUUGCUCUAUCAAAUCAGAACUAGAGCCCGGGGCUCAUCACUUGUCUAAAUAAGCGUCCAUAUUUGGUAAGGUGAUUGGAUCAGCCACUGGACAAGACGGUGCCUUGCACCAAAAAACUUCAAGUUAGAUAUGUGAGUAAGUGCUAGACCCUUAACCCUCCAUCAGCCUCCCUCUGGGAAGUGUCACGACUAUGCUGUCUUCAGGGAGCUUGAAACAUAUCGACUGAAGAACAUUACCCUGCAGCAGGAGAGAAAGAUAAUGAGUGAUAGCACUCUACUUAGCCUUUAAAUAGAUCUGCAGCAUUAAUGCCGUUUCGUUCAUUGACGAGAGGGAGCCAGAGAAACAAUUACAGCUCAGGCAUUUAGAUAACCGCCGUGACACAAAGUAUCUUUGCAGGAGUUUUUCUUACACAGCUAAUGCAUUAAAAUGUCUGUUAGAUGUGUUGCUCUCUCUAAUGCAUCAGUGAAAGUACAGCUGCUAAAGACAAUGAGCAAAUAAUAUUGAGGAAUGUGCGUGUUGAGAUUCCAGCUGCAGAAGUUAACCACAGCACAUCACAUAGCAGAAGAUCAUUAGGCAGAGAGAUGGGCACAGUUUUUAAUGGACGGCAUUCAGAAUCUGAAAGCAUGUCGCCUCUCAUCAUAGGAACAGGAUUCACACCUCACUGUGUUAUAUGCUCCUUUGUGUUCCACCCACAUGCAAUGACACAUUACCUAUCUCGACACCCAUACCUGGUGUAAUUUACACACAUGCACAUGCCCGUUUAUAUGCUUUGUACAAGACACAAAUCUUGCGUGGUAAAGAGAAUGCUGCAGAGUGAGUGUUGUGUGUGUGCUUGGGAUGAGAUUUAGACCUCCUGUAAGUCCUUUGUUACAGGAUAAUUACAUGUCAGACGUGGACUCUGAUGGUUUCUCUCCUUAUGUGUCAGAUGAAGGGCUUCUCUCUCUCUCUCUCUCUCUCUCUCUCUCUCUCUCUCUUUCUUUCUCUCUGCCCACCUUCCCAGCUCUUCCCUGCAUGAUUUAUCUUGGUGGUUGAUUAACAUGUCUGCUCAUUCGCUCAUUUACACUAUUAUCCACACUUUAACCAAUCAUUAUUUAAAUGUCACCCAAUAUAUUUAUUAAUGAUGCCUUCUGUUGUUGUUGAGUUGUUCAAAACAGGAUGUAGUCAGGCUGACUGCCCUACAGUUUGAAAUUCAUGACGCAGCUUGGGGAGCGUUACUGGAGACCAGCAUUUACGUCAAGACUGACAUCAAUGGAUUCACUGAGUCUUUGGUGAAUUGGAUUGAACAAACAGAAGCAACUGUACCAGAACCCUCAGUAAUAUCCUUUAAAGCAACAAACCCUUCACCUGAACCCUCCGUGACAUGGACUUGGACAUUGACUGUGAUGAGGCAGCAGCCUAUGGUUAAAAAAAAAAAAAAAUCAAUAAAGGAGUGACAAGGUGACCAUUGGAGGAAAAAACAGCAAAGGUUAUAGCAUUGAAGUAUUGUUCAUUAGCAAUGAACAAAGGAAAUCCGCCCCUGCAAUAGUUAAUGCAUGACAAGUUGCAUCUCCAACACCUUUCAAGCUUUCAGAAAGUGACGUCAGGAAGCUUUGAGGUGUGUAAACAACAAGUAGAGCUUAACAACAUCACUGUUCAGGACUUCACACAAACCAGAGCCAGUGCUUACGUUUCCAAGAAAGCAAGACCAACCUGCUCAAAUGACUUUGACACCUCUGGAGAUGUGCUUUCAGCAAACUGGUCAGCAAUUACAUCUGCUCAUCGUCAUCACCCUGGCUGAACUCUUUAUCCACUGCAGUAGGUAACAUCUCAAUCCUCAACUCAACAACAACGACAAAAAAGAACCAAUAUAGGAGGAACUUUAUUUAUCCCUGAAGAGAAAUUUGAUAUAUAACUAUAUAAGAUUGCUUUUUAAUCUGACAUAGUUAAAGCUCCAUAGACGACAGGC